UGUGACAUUUCAGUGAAGUGAGACAGAUUGAAACAAGUGUGAACAGACCACUCGGAUAGAUUUGGUAUUUUGAUAAUUUCACCCAGAAAACAAUGAAAAGAUAAAUCAACAGAAGGCAAUAAAAUGGAACAUGAUAAACAUAAGGAUGUCAGCAGAGUGCGCGAUUCCGGGGUAUCUGGGAUGUCAUCUUCCGUUUCCGGUUCCAGUUCACUGUCCGAGGAGGACGUUAUUGCGCCAGAUGGAGGUUGGGGAUGGGUUGUCUGUUUCGGAAGUUUCAUAACUAAUUUUGUACUUGAUGGUACCAUGUUUUCAUUUGGAGUUCUGCUGAUUGACUUGCUAGAGUUUUUUGGCGAAACAAAGUCGAAAACGUCCUGGGUCGGGUCGGCACUUGUUGGAAUGAGUAUGAUGGUUGGUCCUUUCGUGAGUUUGUUAUUACGGAAAUUCUCCAUCAGAGCCGUAACUAUCACGGGUGCUGCUGUGGCUGCGUGCGGUUUUAUCGUGUCCAUCUUCUCCCCAAACAUCGAACUUCUCAUUAUUACAUACGGCAUAGUCGGUGGAAUUGGCUUCUGUAUGAUGUUCAUCCCAGCCAUUAUUGUCGUUGGUCUUUAUUUCAAUAAGAAGCGUGCCUUAGCGACGGGGAUCGCGACCAGCGGUUCCGGUUUGGGAACGUUCGGAUACGCCUACAUCACAGACGUCCUACUCUCCAUGUACGGAUGGCGAGGAACAAUUCUAAUUCUGGCGGGGAUUCUGUUGCACGUAGUUGUUUGUGGUAUGAUAUUUCGGCCAUUGUUAACAACCCACGUAAUCAAUUCCAGCAAGAAAAAAUACCGAAGUUACAAAACUUCAUCUUGUGACCUAUCAGACCAUCCAGAUGUCAACGAAAGCUUCUUAAACCGGAAGUAUGGAUUCGGUAGUGGUGACUUUGUGAAAAAAGGAACAGAAAAGGAAGAUUAUAUUAUUUGUAACGUACCUUUGGGCUUUCAUAAACUUGACAGAUCAGACAUCAGUAGAAGUUCUGACGUCAUCGUUUCAAAAGACCAUGUUCUUGGCCAAAAAUCACGACAAUUUAAAAGUGCAAUCGACAUAACACAGCGAUAUUGUGAAGUGACGUCAUCUCCAAUGACAAAACCACGACUGCUGAAUCCAAUGAUGAAAAAAGACAUAUUCUAUAGCGGAAGUAUUCAAAACAUACCGGAAGUUCAAACAGAACGAGAAAUCAAAUCGGCCACGGUGACCAAAGAUAACGGCGAAACUAGGUCAUUGCGACAUUGUUUUGGAAUUGAUGUCAAUGAUGUAUUUUGCUUCGAAUUGUUGAAAGAUCCAACUUUCCUAUUGCUAGCGAUAUGUAUGACAACCUGGACAGCUCAAAUUGUCUCCCUUACCUAUCUUCCGGAUAUGGCAUUAUCGAAAGGACUUCCAAGAAACCAGUGCGCCUUUCUCAUCUCAAUAGUUGGUAUAACAAACAUCGUCGGGAGGCUUGUUUCCGGUUUUAUCACCGACUGCUUACAUGUGAAAAGCAUCCAUAUCUACGCAUGCGCAUUAUUUGUGGCGGCAGCUAUCAAUUUCCUGUUGCCAUUCUGUGACCGAUUCUACCUGUUUGCUGUAUGUGCUGGGAUAUUUGGAUUUUGUAUGGCUUCUACAGUCUCUCUCCGGACAAUCGUCAUUGCUGAUCAUCUGGGGAUAGAUAGAUUGACCCAGUCAUUCGGACUGAUCGCCCUAUUUCAAGGAAUCGCCUUCAUCAUCAAUCCACCAUUAGCAGGAUUCCUCUUCGACAAAACACAGUCUUACGUCUUUCCGUUUGCAUUGACCGGAUGUAUGUACCUGGUGUCUGGAGGAGUUUGUAUACCUUUGUUGCGCAAUCGUAAUACGACUUCCGGGAAUAUCGACAUCCACGUGACAACGCCGGAUUCCUCCGAAGAGUCUGUGAUCGAUUGACCAACCACCUACUUUUUUGUUGUUUUUUUUUAGAGGAGAUACCAUACCAUGGUAAUCAGGGACACAUAUAUAAUGAUACUAAAUAUUCAGCCUUAUAUGGAACCUUCAAUGAUGUACUUUUCUCUGAACGGUGACGUCAUCGAACUAUUUGCUGUUGGUGUCGACCCAGGCCGUUGUUUUCGCCAAUGUGACAGUGUUUACAUUCAGUCCAAUUAAUUCUUCAGUAGCAAUUCAUCGUAUCAACAGCCACGAUAUAAGGAUAUAUGAAAUAAAAUUUUGAAUAUUAUACGAAACGAAAUAUUCAUCAUUAUAGCGUCAAGAGUUCGUAACUAGGCAUAUGGUGCAAUCUUUCUAUCGUUUACAACUGUAAAAACUUUAGUAGAAUAAGUUCAAAUGUGACAGUUAUAAAUGAAAAUUUCUUAAUUUUUCCAGAUUAUUUGCAGAAAAAAAAUCGUACACAGACUACAAUGAUGGUUGUU